GUUCUCCCUAACUAUUUCAAAGUAGAAAAGCAACUCAACCAACAAAAAGGCCAAAAUCCCCUUUCCCCUUUCUCAUUCUUCUUCUGUGUGUCUCCUUCCUUUUCUCUGAUUUUUUUUUUUUUUGUCCUUUUUGGUGUUUCUGCUACUAAUUUGGUGGUGAAGAAUGAUGGCUGUUGGUUGGUAGCAUGAGUUGGUGAGAAAGUUAAUUGAAAAUCCCUUCUCAUUUCCCGUCUUCUUCCAAAUCUAGACCACGUGACCACCGCCGAUGACCACCUAAACCACCGCGAAAUCCCCGUCUUCUCCCUAAAAAUCCCUAAUUACUGUGACUUACUGGGAGACGAGAGGAUUUGAAUACAUUUUCAAGUAAGCUACCCUUCCCUCCUUCCCCUUUAUUUUCUUCUAUUUUUCCCACCCCAAAUCCCUAAUUUGAGUGCUAUUUUUUCCAUUCUUGAUUGGUUCUGUAGUGAACCCAUUGCCAUUGGGAUCUACAAAGCCACUACCAGUUCAGGAAUCCCUAUUUCGUAGAAUUGAGCCAUUAUUUUACUUGCAGCUUAUAAUAAUGGGAUUUGUUUACAGAAGGUGGGAUGCAUGCCAGAGAAACUUUAAGCUCUAAGAUGGAACAAGGAAGGAGCCAACAGCAACCAUGUAUUUCUUUCGUACCUGUUGAAGGUUAUCUAUCUUGUAUUUCAUGUCUCAGGCUAGCAGCAGUUGCAACAAUGGUUUCUUGUGCUUUAGCUAGUUAGUUUGUUCCUAGCUAGGCUUCUAUCCUAUUUUGUUUGGACCAUGUCAUUUUAUGUUCUGCUCUGUUUUAUGUUUAACUUGGUUUGAAGAAUUGUUAUUUGAGUAUUUUGGCUUGUAAGGAUGGAUCUCAAUUUAUGUCACCAUUGCAAUGAUUGUUAUGGCACAACAUAUUUGAGAAUAAUGGUUUGCAGGUGGGGUAUUUACCCUGAAUCUUUGGGUUUUUUUUUUUUUUUGUAUAAAUGACUGAAAUGAUA